AUGGUGGGAAGACUGAACCUCCAGGAUGUGUCCGACGAAGACCCCCUCGACAUGAGCGGCAAGGCGCAGAGGGCGCUCGACAGCCCGGACUCUGGAGUACCCCCGAGUCCCAGUCCGACCUCCUGGCUCCUGUCUCCGAUUGACGGCGAUGAAGGGCAGUGCUGUCCGGUUUCUGAAGAGGACAGCUGUGGGACAGUGGUAUUCCCUCGAUUUUAUGCACUGUCCUACGGAGAGGGAGUGGAGCUCGACCCCCUGCCCCCAACAGAAGUUCGGUAUACAUCAUCUGUGCGCUACGACUCUGACCGGCACUAUAUUGACGGCGUGUGGCUGCAGCCGCAGGGCCUUGCGCUGGAGUCCUGCAGCCAGACGGUUGUAGCUCUGUCUCACAGCACCUGGAGGCACUAUAAGACCCAGCUGGAGCUCUUCCCCCGCCCACGGGCACAAAGGCACCAGAGCACCACCAUCGUGUACCCGAAAUGCACCCAGACUUUCUACACCACCCAGCUGCACCUUGACUUCAGCAGGCUGUCCAGACGCUUCCUCUCCAGGGUGGAGCUGGAGCCGGGCGAGAGCGCGGCCGCCCCAUGAGGGUGAGCCCGGACGCCCGUCACCCAACUGGAGCUUUAGCACCAAGCUCCAGCCCCCAUUACACACUCAUACACACACAGCAGCAUAAACACUCAC